CGAUGUUCUUGAUUGGUUUAACUGGUGGGAUAGCUUCUGGUAAAAGUACAGUUGCCGAAAUGUUCAAAGAGCUCGGAUGUACAAUUUUAGAUGCUGAUCAAAUUGCCAGGGAAGUUGUACAACCAAACAAGCCUGCUUGGAAAAAAAUUGUCAAAUACUUUGGAGAUGGAAUUCUUCUUGAAGAUGGACGACUGAACAGACCCAAACUUGGAGAGCUGGUCUUUACAGAUCCUGUGAAGAGAAAGAAACUGAAUUCCAUGACUCAUCCCGAAAUUCAAAAGAUGAUGAUGUGGCAAUUGUUUUAUUGUUUCCUUAAAGGCCAUCAGUUUGUGAUUCUUGAUAUACCUCUGCUGUAUGAGACAAGUUCAAUGUUGAAAUUUCUUAAGGAGGUGAUUGUAGUGUAUUGUGAUAGUGACAUGCAACUUGACAGACUAAUGAACAGGAAUGAGCUAAGCAAAGAAGAAGCAGUGAAUCGAAUCGAAUCGCAGAUGCCUCUAUCACAUAAAAUACAACUCGGUGAUCAUAUUAUAGACAACACUGGGAGUGUCGAAAACACACAAGACCAAGUUGAUAAAUUAUAUCGAACAUUUAGAGGAUACCACACUCACUGGAUUCUACGAUUUGUUCUCGUCUCAGUUUUCGCUACAUUUACUUACUCUAUUCUUGGUAUUGUGAAAUUCAUUCUGCAAUUUACUGGUAUUAAAAAGUAA